ACUCAGUGCUUAAAGAAAAUUUGGAAGAACGAUAUAUUUGUGGAAAGUGCUGUUCGUGGAUAGAAAAAUGGAUUGGUUGUCGAUAGUUUUGUGGCUAGUGAUCGGAAUCGUAUCGGCAUUUUUCUUAUUUUUUAAGAAGAGAUAUGCAUACUGGAAAGAUCGCGGAGUCCUAUAUGUUGAACCCACGAUACCGUUUGGAAAUUUGCCAUUUCGGAAAAAGACGCAUUUCAAGGAUAUAAUCGCCAACAUUUAUAAUAAAAAAAAUGAGAAAAGUCCUUUCCUUGGAGCGUUCUUUUUCGCAACUCCAGUCGUUGUUGCUACGGACCUAGAUUUCGUGCAAACUGUUUUAAUAAAAGACUUUAGCAAUUUCCAUGGGCGUGGGAUGUACGUUAAUGAAAUCGACGAUCCAUUGUCUGCUCAUAUGUUUUCCUUGGACGGAGAAAAAUGGAAAUCCUUGAGAGCCAAACUCUCACCGACAUUCACUUCUGGGAAAAUGAAAUUCAUGUUCCCGACUGUUGUCGAAGUGGCUGACCGUUUCAACGCUAGCCUGGCUGAAUUGGCAAAAGGUAGUGUGAUCCUAGAGAUGAAGGACUUAUUGGCCCGAUUUACGACUGAUGUGAUUGGAACCUGUGCAUUUGGAAUCGAAUGUAAUAGUAUGAAAACACCUGAUUCAGAAUUUCGUCGAUACGGUGCGAAAGUGUUUGAUGAUCCUCCGCAUCCUCCUUUUCUUCAAUUACUCGCUUCUCAAUAUCCAAAUAUAGCAAGGAAAUAUUUCCAUAUGAGGGUAUUCCGAAAGGAUGUGAUCGAUUUUUUCAUGGAUACCGUACGCGAAACUAUUGCCUUCCGCGAAAAGAAUAAUGUGCGACGUAACGAUUUUAUGGAUUUAUUGAUCCAGUUAAAGAAUGGUGGCUCACUAGGGGAUGAACAUUCAAAGAAGCUUGGAAAGUUGACUAUCGAAGAAGUUGCUGCCCAAGCUUUUCUAUUCUUCCUAGCAGGCUUUGAAACAUCGUCUACCACGAUGAUGUUCGCAUUAUAUGAACUCUCUUUGAAUCCUGCCAUCCAGGAAAAGGCUCGUCAAGAAAUAGAUGAAGUACUGAAUAAGCACGAUGGAAUGAUAACUUAUGAAAGUAUAAAGGAAAUGGUUUAUGUCGACAAGAUUAUAAGCGAAACAUUACGAAAAUACCCGCCAGUGGCAAACUUAAUUCGGAAAUGUGCCCACAACUUCCGCCUUCCAAAUUCUGAUAUAGUCAUUGAAGAGGGCAUAAUUGUAGCAAUUCCAGCGUAUUCAAUCCAGCACGAUCCAGAAAUUUAUGAGAAUCCAGAAGUAUUUGAUCCUGAACGAUUUGCUCCAGAACAAGUAAAAAAUCGUCAUCCAGUAGCUUUCCUGGGAUUCGGUGAUGGACCUAGAAAUUGCGUUGGACUAAGAUUCGGAAGAAUGCAAUCGCGCAUUGGAUUGGUUACUCUCUUAAAGAAUUAUCGCUUUAAACCAUGUGAAAAGACAACAAUUCCCAUGGAAUUUUCUGAAAUAAAUCCUUUACUUUCUCCUAAAUAUGGAAUGCAUCUGCUUGUGGAAAAGGUGUAGAUGUCAGUAAGGUGUACUUCGAAAAUGGAUAUACAUAUGUACAUGAGUUUAUAAAAAAAGUCAGACAUUAACAUGGUAGCCAAAGAUGA